CUGUCUGUCAGUGAUCUACUCUGUCUGUCAGUGAUCUACUCUGUCUGUCAGUGAUCUACUCUGUCUGUGUAAGCUGAGUGGUCAGUGGAAGAGGACUCUGGGUGAAUCCAGAGCCAUUUGGUUUGGACAGGCUGCUCCCAGCUCUUACGAAAGGGUCAAAGGUCAGACUGAAUGAUACUCAAGUUAAACAGGAAAUGAAGCAGGAAGCAGGAAACAGCCUGGAAAAACUCUGAUUAUCCCUGGUCGGGGCUUGGAACACUGGAGUUUUCCGACUGAGCAGAAUUGUAGGAGGAGAGUCUCAGAGUCUAACACUGGAUGAAGGCGAGUUCCUGGCGGAAUUGUCUUUCCCUCCUGGAUGUGUUCUUCAUUAGGUUGUCAGCGUGUUCUUCAGAUCGAGCCUGUGACGGAUAAGGAUGCUGCGGCGGACGUCUAAAAGUGCCUGGCUCUCAGGCGCGUAAGGAUUUAAUUCAGAGAAGGAAUACAGACCUGCUCUUUUGAAUUUUACAGUGGAACACAGAGAAUGACCAUGAACUGGAGGGACUGUGGACUUUUCACUGGUCGCUGACUCGACCUUUGUGUGUUAGAACAACGUUCCAACGUUCAGCACACACUGACCCUUGUUACCAUGGAGACAAGUGGCAACCAUAACAACAGGACAGAAAUGUCAUGUGAUUGGCCAGUCCAAACUUCCUUUCUCUGCCAACAGUCUGAUAGUUCCGAUGGAGUCGGUGGCUACGAUAUCGUGAAUAAUGCCGUCAUACCGACUCCGGGACCUCCUGAUCCCAGGGCCCAGAAUUCCUUGCGGCAGAACUGGGAGAUGAACUAUCAGGAAGCAGCAAUAUAUCUGCAGGAGGGGCAGAAUAAUGAUAAGUUUUUCACACACCCGCGGAGUGCGCGGGCCCUGAGUGCGUACCUGUUUGUCCAUAAUCACCUGUUUUACCUGAUGGAGCUGCUGACGGGGCUUCUCCUGAUGCUGCUCUCGCUCUCCGAGGCCCCCGCUGUGCCCUCCCUCAGGCUGGACGUCUACGUCCAUGCGACGCUGGAGCUUCUGGCAUUGGUGAUGGUGGCCUUUGAGCUGUGUAUGAAGCUACGCUGGCUGGGAUUUCACACCUUCAUACGACACAAACGAACCAUGGUUAAGACGUGUGUGUUGUUCAUUCAGUUUAUCGAGGCCAUAGUCGUCCUGGUACGUCAGACGUCUCACCUGCGGGUGACGAGGGCUCUCAGACCCAUCUUCCUGGUCGACUGUCGCUACUGCGGCGCAGUACGGAGGAACCUGCGGCAGAUUUUCCAGUCUCUCCCUCCGUUCAUAGAUAUUCUUCUCCUUCUCCUCUUCUUCAUGAUCAUCUUUGCCAUCCUCGGGUUUUGCCUGUUUUCGACCUAUGGUUCAGACCCGUAUUUUAAAACAUUAGAAAACAGCAUUGUGAGUCUGUUUGUCCUGCUGACAACUGCAAAUUUUCCAGAUGUGAUGAUGCCAGCAUACUCGCGGAACCGCUGGUCCUGUGUGUUCUUCAUUGUUUAUCUCUCUAUCGAACUCUAUUUCAUCAUGAACCUGCUCCUGGCUGUGGUCUUUGACACCUUUAAUGGAGUGGAGAAGAUGAAGUUCAAAUCUCUCCUCCUGCACAAGAGAUCAGCCAUUGAGCAUGCUUUUCAGCUGCUCCUUAGCCGACAGAAGCCAGAUGGAGUGUGUCUGAAACAGUUUGAUGGACUGAUGCGUUUUUAUCGACCACGAAUGAGUGUCCGAGAUCGGUUCCUCACUUACAAAGCUCUCAACCAAUCAGGAGCAUCCAUGCUCAGCCUUCAGGACUUGUAUAAGUUCUAUGAGGUGAUUGGUCUGAAAUGGAAGGCACGGCGGAGUGGGGAGCACUGGUUUGAUGAACUGCCACACACAGCUUUCCUCAUCUUCAAAGGAAUCAAUCUCUUAGUGAAAUCCAAAGCUUUCCAGUAUGCAAUGUACAUCGUGGUGGCAGUGAAUGGUGUUUGGAUUCUGGUGGAGACGAAUAUGCUGAGUGAUGGUUUUUCAGGCUCAAGAAUCGUCCCUUGGAGCUACAUCGUUUUUCUCACAAUUUAUGGUGUGGAAGUCUUGUUGAAGGUCACAGGACUGGGACCAAUGGCGUACUUCAGUUCUGGAUGGAACCUGUUUGAUUUCUCUGUGACUGUCUUUGCCUUCCUGGGUUUAAUUGCUCUGGCGUUUGACAUGGAGCCUUUCUACUUCAUCGUAGUUCUGAGACCUCUUCAGCUUCUCCGGUUGUUUAAGAUCAAACAGCGAUAUCGAAAUGUUCUGGACACCAUGUUUGAACUCUUUCCCCGUAUGGCCAGUCUAGGUUUGACCCUGAUCAUAUUCUACUAUUCCUUUGCCAUUGUUGGGAUGGAGUUUUUUGCUGGUGUGGUCUAUCCAAACUGCUGCACUAACAGCACUGUCGCUGAUGCCUACCGACAAAUCAAUGUCACCAUUGGGAACCAAACUUUCCUAGAGGAAGGUUACUAUUAUCUCAACAACUUCAACAACAUUCUCAACAGCUUUGUGACGUUGUUUGAGCUGACAGUGGUGAAUAACUGGUACAUUACCAUGGAGGGAGUGACCUCACAGACAACACACUGGAGUCGACUCUACUUUAUGACUUUCUACAUCGUCACUAUGGUUGUGAUGACGAUAAUCGUGGCCUUCAUUCUGGAUGCCUUUGUCUUCAGAAUGAAUUAUAGCCGCAAGAACAGGGAGCCCCAGGACGACCUGGAAGAUGAGAAGGGGAUCGUGUUUGAAGUAGAAGUUUCCCGUGCUGAAGUACAGCAAACGGUGGAGUUUUAUAAACACAUGCUUCCUGGGUCCAACCUGAGUUCUCUACAGGGUGUAUGUGUUGCCAUGGAGAAGAGUGGGCACUCUACGCUUGUGUUCCUGGGUCGGAGGUCACGCACUAAAAGUGACCUUAGCAUGAAAAUGUACCAUGAAGAAAUCCAGGAAUGGUACGAGGAAUAUUCCAGAACAAACCUACCUCAGCCAGACAGCAUACUGCAGAGAGAUCUGGACAGUCCUGAACCCAACUCCCAACACAGCAUCAACUAGACACACACACACACACACACACACACACACGCACAUGCACAGUAACACACACACAAAGCUCCCAAAACAGC